CCCCCCCCCCCCCGCUCCCAAUUUGCCACUUUUACUACCUCAACAGGACUCCCCAACCAAUUUUGUGUCCCAUUUGCUGCACAUUUUCUUUACACUUGGCAAAUGGCUUUCAAAAAGUUGGUGGCUAUGCUCUGUUGCUCAGAAACAGCAUAAGAGGUUUGUACAAAGUUUAUUACACAAACGAGGGGACUUGAAGAGGCUUGGAUUGGUACCACUAGGAUCAAAUCUGCAGAAGUGCAUCUUCAGAAUCUGAGGCAAGUCAUUGGGGAUUCUUUUCGCACACAUGUCUAUAGAAAGACCUCUGCGAGUGUCUCUUUAUUGGGGAGGUAAAAUACAUUAUGAGGAUGAGUCAAUUUAUUAUUUACCUCGUACCUCCAACCGUACAUUCUCAUUACGGCAUAGAAUUGGGUAUGAAGAGCUGGUGGAUAGAAUUUAUCAAUAUAUGGGGGUUGAUAGGGGGAUGUUCAAGUUGAAUUUAUUUCUCCGCCAACCUUGUGGCCGUACCUCUUAUAAUCUCUCCCAAGUGUUGGAUGAUGAAACUCUGGAGAUAAUGUAUGAUGUAUGGAACGAAAUUGUCCCAUACAUCGCCGAACUUUAUAUCGAGAAGGAGGAAAUUGUCCAAAAUCCUCAAGUCAGUAGCAUCUUCAUUCCACCAACUACCAAUGUUGGUCCGAUGAUGUCGCUUAUCCAUGCAUGCAACAUGGCAAGUACUAUGGGAAGAAAAAGGCAAGUAGUUUAUUCUUCCUCUAGCAGUGAGGAGGCUGAAGAAAACUUGGACAUCAGUGAGGAAGUUGAAGAAACUGAAGAGGUAGCACGAUCUCUUUCGCCUGCACCUGAUUCUAGACGUCUACGGGGGAGAACUGCACUACAGCCCCAGAUAUUUGAUAGCGCUAGAUUUUCCACUCUGCAACACCAGAAGUGGUAUGAAGCACAUGCCAACUUGGAGUUCUUGUUCGAAAAACAUGUGAGCACCGAAGUUGAGAAUGCCUUUCAGAUUUCGGAAGCGUUUGACCAACUUGGUUGGGCGCCAAUUCUUCGACUACCCGUUUACUACUAUCCGGAGCUUGUGCGUGAGUUUUAUGCUAAUAUCAUUAACAAGGCGAAGCAUAGUGGUGAAAAGGUGGAGUCCUUUGUUCGGGGAACACGCAUCGUCUUGUCAAGGCAGCGUUUAGCGGCAAUUUUGGGUUGUCGUGACGAAGGUCCUGCAGUGGAUUUGAAAAAAGGCUUCGUCGCUCCAAACAAAAGAUGGGAUCCGACACAUGCUAUGGCAAGGUUCGGUCUUCAGUACCAACCUUUCCGUUCAUCGAGGAAGGAGACAAUUGUUGCUACAGUUUUUGAUGUUCGCCAUCGCCUCAUUAUCUAUAUGAUAGCGCACAAUGUGAUUCCCAAGAAGACGGGUCAUAGCGAGGUCAGGAAGAGUGAUAUCUACAUCUUGGACUACAUGUUCCAUAACCGGGAGACCUCUUACGCUCAAAUUUCGUUGCCAAAUAUCAUCAUCAGCUAUAUACGGUCAACGGUGAGACGUCGGACUACUUCUUUCAAGCUGGCAUUCCCUCGACUAUUCACAUUGGUGUUUGAACGGAUGGGGGUUAAUCUAGCUGGAGCUGAUCGACAAGUUGUCCGCCCCAGUACCAAGUUAUCUUUUACCUUGCUACGCAACAUGGGCAUCGACUUGGCUGCUUUCAUUCCUCCACUUAUGGAGCGGCGUUCUAAAGCAAGGCAUGGUGGAGAUGAUGUUGGUCCAUCCACCUCUACACCUCCACCACCUCCCCCCGUGCAUCAUCCUCAACCCAAUUGGCGACGGCUUUUCACUACCUUGGAUGAUAUUCAGUUCCAGUUGGGGAGGAUAGACGCUCGCUUGGCACGUAUAGAGGCUCAUUUAGGCAUUCCUCCGCCUCAGAGUGGUGCUGCAGAUGAAAAUGAUAAUUGAAGCUACACCAUUAGGAUGACUAUCUUGCACAGUUUUGGAUUUGCUUGCAUUUUGUUUUAAUCUGUGGAAUGUUAGAUGUUUAACAUGAUUUUACUUUUUCUGUUUUCAAUUUAGUAGAUACUUGUGCUUUGGUAGUGAUUCGUGAUUAUUGGGUAAUCUGGAUCUCAACCAUUGCACUGGGAAGUACUUCCUUCUUUCUUUUGUUUCUUUUCUUUCCCUACACAUUGAGGACAAUGUGUAUUCUAAGUGUGGGGGAGGAAAUGUGUAGUAUUUUUAGUAGUUUUAUGUUUAAUAUUUGGACAAGUUGUUGGAAAUACUGCUUAGAUUAAAUGUUGUCUAUUUUGGGUU